AUGAGGUUAAUACUCUUGCUUCUGCUUCCGGCUGUGAUCACCGCCAGGAAGUAUCCCAUGGCUCCAGGAUAUUAUCCACCAGAUGAAAUGAAGACAAAUUCAGCUGGAGUGGACGAUUAUCAGUUUUACUAUGAAAAGGACCCUAAAACGGCUGAAGUGUUGCCUGUAGCGAAACCAGGUGGACCUCCACGCUAUCCGGAUCCAGGCAAUUUACCAGUUCCUCCCGCUGCUCCAGUUAUGGGAAAUCAGAUAGAAGUAUUCAGUGCAGGUAGUCCUCCUGAAGCCAGUGAGAGUACCUAUGAAGAAACUCCUACGACACGUCCCACAUAUACAUACCAAAAGAACAAUUUGGAAGACCCCAAAAUCAGUUAUCCCUCAUCGCCUGCAGGACCUCCAUCCAGUAAGGGACCGUCGAACGGAGACCUUGGCAUGAACAAUUCGGGAACUUCUACAACAAGUAAUAGCUCUCCGCCGAAAGCACCUACCUAUAAUGAAGGCUCUCGGGAUAAUCCUAGUAUGCCAGUGAUACGUUCAGAAGGACCUGGCUAUGAUCAGGAUCCUUCGUACUGGGUCAGUUCAUCACCAUAUUUCGCUGAUCAAGACCUUGGCAUACAAUAUCUGUCGACACUAAAUGGUCUAUUCAUGGUGGUAGAUGAAAAGCCGUUCGGCUGGUUGGAAGAAUUCCCUUCUGAUAUUGGAGGACCCAAUUCGCUAUGGGGUGAACAACCGAACUACGGCAGGAAAACAUUGAUUAUGACGAUGGAAAUCUUGAUGCUGAAAACGAUCCCGAAGGACCUGAGCAUGGGCCAAACUACAAUCGAGGAUCUCACCAUAGCGGCAGUAAAAGGCGGAAACAGGCCAAAAGAAGUGAAAAUUCUUGGAGCAGGAAACGAUCUUGUUGAUGAAGAGAAUCCUUCCUCAAACAGGAACCCGAGCAGGCCAACAAAUGAAGAAAUGCUGCAGAACGUUGGUUCCAGAACUUCCUCUCGCAGGCCCGGUCCUAACUAUAUCUCUUCCGCUGAAGAAUUCGACCCUCCUACAGCUGGUCAUCGAAGCAAUUAUUUGUCGCCGGAACGAAUACCUGGAAGCUCUGGUCAACGUGGAAGUUUUGGCCUACCAGGAAACUCUGGCCAGCCGUCGGGAGCAGGCGGUCCUUCCGUUACGUAUUCAUCAUCCUCUCCUUCUUCAACAUUCGGGUUACCACAACCGGGUGGUAACGCCGUAGGAAAUCCUGCUUCACUGUUCGGGCUACCACAACCAGGUGGUUACGCAGUGGGGAAUCCUAUUACAUCACUCGGGCUACCACAUCCAGGUGGUUACGCCGUAGGAAAUCCUAUUUCAUCAAUCGGGCCACCACAGCCAGGUGGUUACCCCGUAGGAAAUGGCUGCCCAUGUGCGGCACCACCACUUCAACCUUGUUGUGCUCCAGUUCAGCCAUGUUGUAUACCUGCACCUCCUUGCUGUCCUCCUCCUCCACCAAUACCAUGCUGUCCAAGACCGCCAGUAUGCUGUCAGCCAGUUUGCUGCCCAACUACAAUAGUAGUCUGCUGCCCGACCGCUAGUUCCAGAACUUCCUCUCGCAGGCCCGGUCCUAACUAUAUCUCUUCCGCUGAAGAAUUCGACCCUCCUACAGCUGGUCAUCGAAGCAAUUAUUUGUCGCCGGAACGAAUACCUGGAAGCUCUGGUCAACGUGGAAGUUUUGGCCUACCUGGAAACUCUGGCCAGCCGUCGGGAGCAGGCGGUCCUUCCGUUACGUAUUCAUCAUCCUCUCCUUCUUCAACAUUCGGGUUACCACAACCGGGUGGUAACGCCGUAGGAAAUCCUGCUUCACUGUUCGGGCUACCACAACCAGGUGGUUACGCAGUGGGGAAUCCUAUUACAUCACUCGGGCUACCACAUCCAGGUGGUUACGCCGUAGGAAAUCCUAUUUCAUCAAUCGGGCCACCACAGCCAGGUGGUUACCCCGUAGGAAAUGGCUGCCCAUGUGCGGCACCACCACUUCAACCUUGUUGUGCUCCAGUUCAGCCAUGUUGUAUACCUGCACCUCCUUGCUGUCCUCCUCCUCCACCAAUACCAUGCUGUCCAAGACCGCCAGUAUGCUGUCAGCCAGUUUGCUGCCCAACUACAAUAGUAGUCUGCUGCCCGGUUAUCACACUACCUAUCUGUCUUCGCGCUUGUCCUGCCUGCCCGUGCCGCAGGAGGAUGCAUCGCGCCCUUCGCAUGAAGAGAAGUCCAGGUGAGCUUUGA